AUGAGCAUAUCUCCAAGAAAGCCACUUUAAAUUAAUUUGAAUUUUAAGUAAAAAUAUGCAGAAGGAAUACACACACCUAACUCUCCAUAUACAUCAACAUCUAGAAGCUAGCAAUAGAAUUUAACUAAAGAAGAAUAAAUUAAACUAGUUUUAAAAAAAAGCAGUAAUGAAAGAAAUACUUAAGAUAUUAUACUGCUAUCUUAGUAAAUAGAAAAUGUGAACUUUUUAAAGCAAUUUAUUGGUACUAAAUCUUUAGAAUUUUUAGAAAUGUGUAAAUAUUUGGAAGUUGAAGAAUAUGAGGAAGGACAUAUUUUAUUUUAAUAAGGAGAUAUAGGAGAAAAAUUCUUUAUAAUUCUAGAGGGAUAAGUAGCUGUGCUUAUCAAUGUAUAAACAAAAAAAAAUGGUAUCGAAUAGAAAGAAAUAGGAAAACUUUCUGCAGGUGAUUCUUUUGGUGAUUUAGCUCUACUAUUUAACUCGAUUAGAAAUGCUACUAUAAAAUUGAGCAAGAAGAGUACUUUUAUAGUGCUUCGCAAAGAAAUUUUUUAGAAAUACAUUAAAUAUAAAACUCCUCCAAACGCUCAUGAGAUUCUUAAAUUUUAUGAUCAAUUUGUGUUAUAUCCUUAUCAGUUGGACCUGCCUGAAAAAAUAUAGAUUUUAUCUAAAACUGAAUAGACAAAUUAUAUAUCGAAUUCUUUGAUUAUAAGAUAAGGGCAGCUUGUGUCAUCGAUUUAUUUUAUCAAAAAAGGGGUUGUAAAAGUUAACAGAAUUGUAAAAUUUAGGAUUAAUCCUACUACAAAGUAGCUCUUACCUCUUGAUUACUCAGAUCCGACUCCUUAAGAAAUUUAAAACAAAUAAUACAAAGAUAUUUCCCUAGAAAUAGAUGAGAUAUACGAAGGAUCUGUUUUUGCAGAUUAUGAACAGUUUAAAUAGAUUAAAAGCACAGUAAGCAUAGUUGCUUACACUCCUUGUGAAAUUCUACAAAUAUAAAGGGAGGAUAUGGUAGUCCUGCCCAAUAAAAUGAUCUAAGAUUUGUAAAAUAAUAUAAAGCCUUAUCCUGAAGAUUAUAAACUUCGAAGAAUUUAUUUAGAAGGACUAUAAUGGUUAAAAUAUAAAAAUGUAGUUGUUGAAGGUGUUUGCAGAGAAAAUGUAUUAAGAAAAAGGCUGCAAAAUUCAGUGAACUUCUUUUCUCGAAGUAAACUGCAACAUAUUCCACUUCAGCCACAUCUAGUAACUCUUGAAGACUCGUUUACAUAAGAUACGGCUUAAGGAGAUGUUCAGCAAAUAGAAAAUAAAUUCUUUGGCUAAUAUAAUUAGUAGAUGAAUAAAAGAAGAAGCCUUUAAACUUACUAAAGUCUUCAGAAUAAAGGCAAAGGCAAGCCAUAAUUUUAAGAGAAUAAAAAGAGUGGAUUAAAUAUUAGUAAAAAUGAAAUAAAAAAAACAAAAGAUAUGGAAAAUGAUCAAAAAAAUGAAUUUGCUAUGCAGGCUGCUAAGAAUAGCUUCUAUUUAUAAGAUGAGAAUGAUUUUGUCAAAUUUGAUGAGGAAUUAUAGGAAAUUGAGAAAGAAGAUGAUUAAUAUGAUAAAAAGAAGAUACUUAAAUAAUUAAUGAAAUAAUUGGAUCCCUUUAACAGAACCACUCUAAGCUAAAAGAAACUCCCUAUGAAAAAUGACUUAAAGUCAAUGGGCAAAUCAUUUUCUAAUUUAUAAUAGAAUGAAAAAGAUUAGAAUAAAAAAAAUAAGGGUCUAGCUAAAUUUUCUUCUACUUACUCUCCUAAGUUAUAAACUAUCAGUUCUGAGAUUUAAAGCAAAAAGUAUAAGCCUUAAAAAUAAAUUCUACCUAGAAUUACUAAUCACAUAUAAUACAUAGCAAGAAAUGAAGAUAUUAUUUGCUAAAGCAAUUUAAAACUAUUUGAGAAAUCUGACUAUCAAGAUGAAUUUUCACCUUUCUGA